AUGACCACCACAGCCAGCAAACGGCUGGGAGUCGGCAUCGUGGGCGCUGGAGAAGUCUUCCAGGUCUGCCACGGCCCAUGUCUAUUCCUAAUGAGCCACCUCUUCUCCAUAGAAUCCGUGUGCGACAUCUCGCGCAAGAACGCCGACUUCUGCGCCGCCAAGUGGCACAUCCCGCAGGCGACCACGGACCCGCGUGCCGUCUUCUCCAACCCCUCGGUCGACGUGGUCUUCGUCCUGACCUCGGACGACAGCCACACCCCGCUGGCCGUGGCAGCCCUGCAAGCCGGCAAGCACGUCAUGCUGGAGAAGCCCGUCGCCCUGUCGAUCCCCUCGGCGCAGCAGAUCAUCGACGCCGAGCGCGCGUCGCCGGGCCGCAAGCGCGUCUUCGUGGGCUACAUGCGGCGCUAUGCGCCCUCGUACCUCGGCGCCUUCAAGCGGGAGCUCGCCACCAUGCCGCGGAUAUCAUAUGCCCGAGUCCGGGACUUCAGCGGUCCGAAUGCCUAUUUCGUAGACGGUUCGGGCACGUUCCAAGCCAAGAACAACGACUUCCCGCCCAACGCCGGCGCGGAACGAGAUGCCCGGCUCGAAGACCUGUUCCGUCAGGCUUUCCCGGGCCAGGAGAUCACGGACGAGCAUCGCAGGUUCUGCAGGUUCCUGGGGAGCUUGGGGUCCCACGACCUUUCGCUGCUGAGGGAGACUCUUGGUUCUCCCGAGAGCAUCGCCGGCGUCAGUGCCAACGAUCCUUUCUACAGCACUAUCAUGAAUUAUCGCAAUAAGGAUGGCACACCCUUCUCUGUGACUUAUGAAAGCGGUAUUGACGAGAUACCCAUUUUCGAUGCGCACAUCGCGGUCUAUAGCGCGAGAAAACGAGUAUGGAUACAGUACGACAGCCCCUACGUCAAGGGCCUCCCCAUCAAGGUCCAUGUCGAGGAGGUCAACGAUCAGGGGGAGCCUCAGAAGCGGGAGAUACUCUGCUCGUACAAGGAUGCCUACACCUGCGAGCUGGAACAACUCCACGCGUGUCUCGUGGACGGGAAGGAGAUCAAGACCAGUGUCACGGAUGCAUUGGAGGACCUCAAACUGUUCGACAUGUUGUACAAGAAGUGGCAAUCUAGCAGGACAGACGCCUAG